AUGGAAGGCGACGGCACAGAGACAGCAGACGCCUACGCCAGGUACGAGGCGAUCGCUUCCUCCCUCCCGGCGUCGGCGUGCCAGGGCCUGGGGGCCGCCGCGUACAAGAACCACCGCAACUUCUGGUAUCCGGCGCACCAGAUGGCGCCGACGCUCGCCGCGCGGGACACCUUCGUCGCCCGCCCCACCGACAUCCUCGUCGCCACCCUGCCCAAGUCCGGCACCACGUGGCUCAAGGCGCUCGUGUUCGCCAUCGCGCACCGCCGCGUGCACACCCCGGUAGCGGACGGCGCGGGGCAACGCCGCCACCCGCUCCUGGGCUCCAGCCCCCACGACCUCGUCCCCUUCCUGCACUACGUCUACGAGAAGCACCGGUCGGCCGCGGUCCCGCACCUGGAGGCGAUGCCGGCGCCGCGCGUCCUGGCCGUGCACGCGCCGCUGUCGGCGCUGCCGGUGUCCGUGGCCGGGUCCGGCUGCCGCGUCGUGUACAUGUGCCGGGACCCCAAGGACGCGCUCGUCUCGCUCUGGCACUACCUCCGGAAAGCCAACCGUCCUGGCGCCACCGCGGCGUCGCUGGAGGAGCUGCUCGCGGCGUUCUGCGACGGCGUCUCGCCGUUCGGGCCGGCGUGGGAGCACAUCGCCGAGUACUGGAGGGAGAGCCUGGCGCGGCCGGAGCAGGUCAUGUUCCUCCGGUACGAGCACCUCGAGGAGGACACGGUGGGGAGCGUCAAGCGGCUCGCCGAGUUCCUCGGCUGCCCGUUCACGGGCGAGGAGGCGGCCGGGGCGGUCCCCGAGGCCGUGGCGGCGCUGUGCGGCAUAGAGCGGAUGAGGAGCGUGGAGGCGAACCGCACCGGCGAGUACGGGGUUCACUGGAAGUUCAGCAACUCCGCAUUCUUCAGGAACGGGGAGGUUGGGGACUGGAAGCAGCACAUGACGGCCGAGAUGGCGCAGAGAAUCGAUGGCAUCAUGGAUGGUAAGUUGCGGGGCAUUGGCCUCUCGCUUAUCACCCAACCAAAGCAACUUCCGAAUGAAAAUUAAGUUAUGAUGAUUUAGGUAAUUGGCUCUACUUUACAAAAAUACAUAAUCCAAAAAAAUUGUGACGAUGCUCAUAUUUAUUAUUAGGGACUGAAAGUCGUGAAAAAUGCAGCACUUCUGAGUGCAGCGAUCUAAACGUUGGAACGAAUCUCACGCAUCAAAUUAUCUACCAUGGAAAAA